AGUCUCGUGUGGACGCCGAUCAACGAGCAUUCCUCCAAGAAGCGUCCAAUCGAUCGAGAUGAAGUUUUUGAUCCUUGCGGUGCUCGUUGGAGCGGCGAGCGCUGCUCUAACCUUGGAGCAACUCUUCGAUGCCGAGUGGCAGAACUUCAAGGUUCACCACAACAAGAAGUAUGAAGGCUCCACCGUGGAGGCUUUCCGCAAGAAGAUCUUCCUCCAAAACACCCAUCUCAUCGCUCGCCAUAACAUCAAGCACGCCAAGGGAGAGACCACCUACAAGCUCAAGAUGAAUCAAUUCGGAGACAUGCUCCAUCAUGAAUUCGUUUCCACCAUGAACGGUCUCCUCCGCUCGAACAGAACCUACUUCGGCUCGACUUGGAUUGAACCCGAAUCCGUCUCGCUCCCCAAAUCCGUCGACUGGCGGGAGAAGGGCGCCGUCACCCCCGUCAAAAACCAGGGUCACUGCGGGUCGUGCUGGUCGUUCUCGACCACCGGAGCCCUCGAAGGCCAGUUGUUCAGGAAGACCGGCGAGCUUGUUUCACUUUCUGAGCAGAACUUGAUCGACUGCUCGACCUCGUACGGUAACAACGGAUGCGGUGGAGGUCUCAUGGACAACGCGUUCACUUACAUCAAGGAGAACCACGGCAUCGACACCGAGGAGUCUUACCCCUAUGAAGGCAAACAAGGAAAGUGUCGCUACCACAAGGAAGACAGCGCGGGUCGGGACACCGGUUUCGUGGACAUUCCCUCCGGAAAUGAAAGGGCAUUGGCUAAAGCUCUGGCUACGAUUGGUCCGGUCUCGGUCGCCAUCGACGCUUCCCACGAGAGUUUCCAGUUCUACCACGAGGGAGUGUACAACCCCCCUGACUGCGACAGCCACUCACUCGACCACGGUGUUCUGGCCGUGGGUUACGGAACCACCGAUGACGGUCAAGACUACUACAUCAUCAAAAACUCGUGGGGCGAGCGCUGGGGCCAGGAGGGCUACGUCCUGAUGGCCAGGAACAGCAAGAACGAAUGCGGCGUGGCGACUCAAGCUUCUUAUCCUCUCGUUUAGAGGGUUCCGGUCCGGCUGCUCAUAAAUUAGUUCGUUUCCGCGUCGCUCGUGCGCGGCUCGAGGAAAACACGUCUAUUGGAAUCUAAAACUUAACAGUAGAGAAUGAAAGAGAACGGCGGUUUUAUAUUUUCUUAGGAAUAUCACCCGACUUUUUUGUGUCCGAACCAACCAGAAGUACCAUCUGCCUCUACACUGGGGAGAAUCCACAGUGGAUGGAGAAUAAAACUAUGUUCAACUAUUGCAAU